AUGUCUUUUUGGGAUCCCUCCAACGAGCUGGUCCUCGAAACAGCUGCAUACCUUGAUGACAGAUCUUUUGUUAGGCUUGCUGGUACUGCUUGGUGGUAUCAAGACUUGCUUCGAGACGAUCUCCACAAGCGUGCAAUCGCAGACCGGCCCCGACAUGAUGGGGACGUCUCUUCACCUAAGAUUUCAGCCAUCGAGUGGGCCGUUGAUCACGGGAACCCAGCACUUCAUUGGCCUACCUACGUCUGUGUAACUGCUCGAGACUGUGCUAUUGCGGAUAUCGUCACCCCAUUUGUCGUCAAGGCGGUUGAAUUGGGCCGAAUGACCACCGAUGAGGCCACUAGGGUCUUGAGCAAUGUUAUUUACCACCUGUCCAGGCUGAAUACCGAAAAUGUAGACAAAGACUCUCGACAUGCCUUUUGGUGCACAGAGGAGAGACCGAAGGCAACUAAGCUCACGGAGCUUCUUCUUUCCGAACACGGUGCCAAUCCAACCGAACUUUUUCAGAACAGAGAAUGCACUAGAUUGCUCUGGACGUCUCUCUCACUUCCUCAUAUUUUCGAGCUGCUAAUUCAACGCGGUGCUGACGUCAACGGCUGCUCUAAUUGCUGUCUCAUCCUAUGCUAUACGAUCGAUCAGAGCAAUAUCGCCUUGACCAAACUUGUGCUCGAAGCAGGCGCGGAUCCGAGUAUCGCCGUUCCUUGGCGGAGAAACCCGCUUCUAGCAGAUGUAAUAUGUCAGGGAAAGACCACUGAAACAUUCAUGCUACUAGAAUAUAGUGCAGAUGCCAAUGUCACAUACGACAAGGGCUCUGGCAUGGGUAGUACGAUCUUGUGCGAUGCAGUCGAAACCGUCGGAACUUUGCAAAUGUCGAUCUCUUUCGAAGAUCAGUUCCGGCCCAUCAAAAAGAUACUGGAAAGUGGGGCGGACCCAAACGGCAACCUAAAUCGACACUACUCAGCACUCGACUUAGCCUUGUUGAGUCCCCGGAGCGAUAAAGAAUGUGCUGCCAUGGUCAAGAUUCUGAUUGAACAUGGGGCCGACGUGGCCAAGGUCGAUGGACGUGGCUAUAACCUCGUGGAACGUAUCGCUAGAGAGGGCAACGAGCGGCACACAGAUCGUUCCGGUUUGGGCCACUUCAGGACGCUUGUUGCAGUGGCACUAGAGUUGGGCCUGCCGUCCUUACUUCCCGGGGAACACGUCUUGGAAGGCUGUGAGCAUACACUCGAGAAGGUCAAGAACAUCACAAAGCACAAACGUAGGGCAACACAAGAGACUGCGUCAACCAUUGGCUCACUGAGCUCAUAUGAAGCUUGA